AGUCCGCCCCGCCGCCUGGCAUCCUGGCGGAAGGGGAAGGGGGGCAGGCGCGGUGGGAAAGAUGGCGUACCAGAGCCUCCGGCUGGAGUACCUGCAGAUCCCGCCGGUCAGCCGCGCCUACACUACCGCCUGCGUCCUCACCACCGCGGCCGUGCAGUUGGAAUUGAUCACACCUUUUCAGUUAUACUUCAAUCCUGAACUAAUUUUUAAACAUUUUCAAAUAUGGAGGCUAAUCACCAAUUUCUUAUUUUUUGGUCCAGUUGGAUUCAAUUUUUUGUUUAACAUGAUUUUUCUAUAUCGUUACUGUCGAAUGCUAGAAGAAGGCUCUUUCCGAGGUCGGACAGCAGACUUUGUAUUUAUGUUCCUUUUUGGUGGAUUUUUAAUGACUCUUUUUGGUUUGUUUGUGAGCUUAGUUUUUUUAGGCCAGGCCUUCACAAUAAUGCUGGUCUACGUGUGGAGCCGAAGGAACCCGUAUGUCCGAAUGAACUUCUUUGGGCUUCUAAACUUCCAGGCCCCCUUUCUGCCGUGGGUGCUCAUGGGGUUUUCCUUGUUGUUGGGGAACUCAAUUAUUGUGGACCUUUUGGGUAUUGCAGUUGGGCACAUAUAUUUUUUCUUGGAAGAUAUAUUUCCCAAUCAGCCUGGUGGAAUAAGAAUUCUGAAAACACCAUCUAUUUUGAGGACUAUUUUUGAUACACCAGAUGAGGAUCCCAAUUACAACCCACUACCUGAAGAGCGGCCAGGAGGCUUCGCCUGGGGUGAGGGCCAGCGCCUUGGAGGGUAAAGCAGCUGUGCCAAUUAUGAGACCCAUCUGAGAAGGACUCAGUGAAAUGUCCAUUGGGAUUCUUUUAUCCCUUGUUGCAAAAGUGUGGACACUUUUGACAGCUUGACAGAUUUUUAACUCCAGAAGCACUUUACGGAAUGGUACACUGACUAACGCAGAAGACAUUUCCAGCAGUUGCCAGGGUCCCUCACUAUGCUGGUACUAAAAGUAUAAUCUCUUGGAGCCAAAAAACUGGAGAAACAGAUACCCUGCCACCUCUGACAAGUACAUGGGUACUUGAGCUCUGUGGCAUGAGACAGGGCGUUUCCUCCUCCUCUUCUUUGAUAGACAAGACCGUGGUGUAAAUGGAAGUUUCAGAGAGGACAAAAUAAAACUGAAUUCCAUCUCUCUCACACUGUA